AGCAGAUAAAGUUUUGUGGGAUGAAUUUUACAACACUAGCGCUUCUGCUGUGUGUAGGUCGAAUCCAUGCAUUAUCUUGGAGGCCAUGGGGUCGUCCGAGUCCUAUUCGCCCUCAAUGUCCGAGCUACGGAUACGGAAAUCGUGGGCCAAAUGUACCGAGACCUCAAAGCCCUUAUGGACCCUCGGGACAAUAUACAGUACCUCUGCCUCAGAACCCGUAUGUUCAACAGUCUUGGUAUGACGCAACCGGACACUACUGAUCAUUACACGUUUAAUGAACUUUGA